UUUUUAAUAUGGCUAAAAUUGAUUCUUGACCCAUUACUAGUCCAUUAAAAGCUCACUCUCAUUCCUAAUUUAGAGAAUGAACAUCAGGUUAAAGAAAUUUUUGGACAAAGAGGUCAAAGAAGAGAAAACCCUGAGAAAUAUUGAAAUCUCUUUGACAAGUCUUGAAGAAGAUAUUUCUGAUUACAAAGAAGCUUACCAGAAUAUAACAUUAGAACUGGUCAAACUCUAUAUGGACGUGAAGAUCCGGAACAUCAAAGAUCGCCAUGAAGAAGGCGAAGAAGAGCAGCUCAAAUAAUGAGUGUCUGGAGCUAUGCCAGCUCAACCCAACACUUAUCAUUUCUUACAUUCGUCAAACCUUUGAUGUGCUUUUGAUGGUUAAAGAUGAGCAAUUCGAAGAGGUCCUUGAGAAAGAGCGUAAAAAUACUCAAAAAUUAGCAUCCAAAUUGGACAAAAAGAGAAAAGUUAAAGCUCCUGAAGAAGAUUUCAUCCAAAUUGUAAAGAACAAAUUGGAAAAUAAGAAGUUUCGGUUUGAUAAACAGCAUCUUGAUAUCUCAACUUUUAUGGACUACUCCCAAGUCAACACAUCUAUUGAUAAUCCAAGCUUGGGUAGGAAUCAGAAUAGCGACAAGAGCUUUGUGCUCAACUCUGAGAAUACUCAAGAGGUAGAGAAUCAGCAUUCUGGUGACUCCUGCUACCCUCCAAUUGAGUAUGAAGAGAUCAUCCGUAAGUACGAAGCUGAUCUAAGAACAUAUUUGAGGCAUCAAAAUGUGUUAAAACUCCAAAUCGAGUCGUUCCAUCAAAGCUUGGAGAGCUCUUCAAAUGAUAUUAAAUCCUUGAAAGCUUCUCUAGAAGAGUCUAAUGAGGCAAAAUUGAGGAUUGAAAAGCUUCAUGAAGCUGCAAUUUCCAAAUCAAAAUCCACUCAAGAAAAGCUAGAAAGCGAAGUUAAAUUUUUACAGAACAAAGUGAAUGAGUUGGAUGCGCAGUUAUCGUCCAAGAAUACUCCUGAUCUUAAUAUAACUGAUAGAAGAGAUCCUCCUUUGUCAACUCUGAAUCCUCCUUCUGGAGGACAGCUGGCAAGAGGUUUCGGUGGUUUCCAGCAUCUCAGCACUUCAUCUAAGAAUAUCCGUUUUUCCCUUGACAGAGGAGUUAGAGAAAAUAAAAUUGGAAAAUCAAACUCUAAAAUCCAGGCUAAUGGCCAGAAUUCUGAGCGUGCAAGAUUUCCCUUUAGAACCCAAAGGAAUAGAAGCCGGAGUAUCAAGAAAAAUGCUCCAAAACAAUUCCAAAUUGAAGGCUAUCUCUGUAAAACUGAGUUGACGAAAGUAUCGAAUCAAGCAAAUCAGAUAGGGAAUCUUCACUUUACAAGAGGCGCUAGUUUAUCUAAGCUAAUGGUAUCUCAGGCAAAUAAUAAAUCCGGACUUUAUGAGAACCCUAGCUCUUUGAGGAACAAUAUUGGAGUGAACAAGAACCUUCAGAUGAAAUCCUCUAUUUCAAAGAAGCUGCUGAAGACUUUUAGAUCAAAUAAUAAUAUGAAGAAAAUGAAGGGAAGAGCAAGUGGGAAGAGACUUAGCAUGGAGUCGACUAAUCUCCCUAACCAGUUCUCCCAACAAGAGGGAAGUAAACUUAUACCAGCGUAUCUACAUACCCAGAUAACGGCUCAUCGUGAUCGCAUUAGUCCGAGUAAACAAAAGUCAGGGUAUCUUACCAAGAGAAAUUAGAGUAAUUUUCA